AUGCCCAAACGUAAUUUUAAAAAAUUUAUAAUUAUUAAAUUUUUAAAAUUCUUGACGAAAUCUAGAAUAAGAUUUAGAUUUAAUUUCAACCAAAAUUAUUUAAUUUUACCAUUACCAUUACUCGUACUAUUUCAAAUAAGUUUUACAAAAGAAUUGAUCAUAAUUUUAAUUCAUUCGCUCAUUUGCGAUAACGAAUCUAACGCGGGAGAACAUAAUGAUUUACUCAUUCAACAAAUAACGCCUCAAGUUAUUGAUAUUGACAGUGAAGAUAAACAUGAGGAAGCAGUAGAGGAAUAUCCUGAAGGUGACUCAUGCGUACUUGAAUGUCAUUCUCUUUGUGUAAGCGUUAGAAGGAUCGUUCAUUGCUUCGGUGUCACCCGUGAACCAAAAACUGGAUACUAUAUGAUGGUUACUAAUUUUGCAAAUGAGGGUGAUUUAAAUUCAUAUAUUAAAAAACGACAUCAAGACUUGAAUUGGGAACGAAUCAUUCGCUUGUCACGAGAUAUCGCUAAAGCUCUUCGAGGACUUCAUAGAGAGGGAAAUCGCAAAGACAGAUAUGGAUUUCGAGCGGCGGAGGAGAAAAGAAGUUUGAUUUUGUCAAAAAUGGCGUAUCCAGAAGUGAUUAAUAGUCAACAAAUUUUUCUAAGGCCAAGGCCACUUGCGCGAAGAUUUAAUCAAAGUGAAAAUAUUUUUAGACAGAACCUCUUAAUUAAAUCUAAUAAUGAUCAUAUUGGCUCUCAUGAAUAUAGUUGUGCAAUUGAUUCUCAUGCUAAUGUUAAUAGUCGUUGCAGUCCUAAAUUUGAAGAUACAAGCAACUCAUUAACAACCCCUAGAAUGAUUGCAUAA